GUUGACGAUUAUCCUUAUGGAGGAGGGGCUGGAAUGGUUCUGAAAAUUGAGCCAUUAGUAGCGGCUCUGGCUGCUAUUCAAGAGGCGUAUCCUGAAAGUUAUCUCAUUUUGCUCUCUCCCCAAGGACGAACUUUUACCCAAACCGAACAAAUUUCGAUUGGUGAUUUUAUUACUAUGGGGGGAGAAAUACCCGCUUUGGCAAUUACCGAUGCCCUAAUUCGGGCUAUUCCAGGAGCCAUUCAACCUGAAUCUUAUCAGCAAGAGACUUUUCAAAAUUCCCAAUUAGAUUUUGCUACUUAUACCCGCCCGGAAGAAUUUGCUGGUCUAAAAGUGCCAGCAGUUUUGCUGUCCGGCAAUCACAAAGAAAUUGACAAAUGA